AAGGACCGGCCAGCCUAUAUGCCGUGUCUCACGUUCGCUUUCAACCACGUGAAUAACCAUCCACCAGGCCGUUCUGGGAGCAUCAGAUAGGAGUCGCGCAAAAGUAUAUAUAUCCCGAGGUUUGCUGAUCGUCCUACAUUCUAGCAGGAUCAAGCAUCUCUCAUCAACGCUCCUUUCUAUAUUUUCCACUUUCUUCUCGAGAGAUAAGCCAAAAUGGUCUCCUUCCGAAAUCUCGCCUCCCUGCUGCUUUCAGCAUCGUUGGCGGCGUCUAGCCCUAUCUCGGAGAUCACUGAGCGGGCGGCCAACUUCAAGAACGUCGUGUACUUCACGAACUGGGGUAUCUAUGGCAGAAACUACCAGCCGGCUCAGCUGCCAGCGUCUCAGCUAAACCAGGUUCUGUAUUCGUUCGCCAACUUCAGGAGCGACGGUACUGUCUACACCUCUGACAGCUAUGCUGAUCUCGAGAAACACUAUGAUGGUGACUCUUGGAAUGAUGUCGGUACCAAUGCUUAUGGUUGCGUUAAGCAGCUCUAUAAGCUGAAGCAGGCAAACCGCCAGCUCAAGGUACUCCUCAGUAUCGGUGGGUGGACCUACUCACCUGGCUUCGCUGCUAUGGCCGCCUCAGAUGCAUCACGCCAAAACUUCGCCAAGACGGCAGUUGAGCUCAUCAAGGACUGGGGAUUCGACGGCAUCGACAUCGACUGGGAGUGGCCCGCCAGCGCGACCGAGGCGAGCAACAUGGUUUCGCUGCUCAGCGCCAUCCGCAAGGAGCUCGACAGCUACUCGUCCAAAUACGCAAGUGGCUACCACUUCCUCCUCAGCGUGUGUCUGCCUGCCGGCCCGGACAACUAUAACAAGCUGAAGCUCGCUGAUAUGAACUCGGCCGGUGUCGAUCAGUUCAACAUGCUCGCCUACGACUACGCCGGCUCCUGGGACACCACCUCCGGCCACCAGGCUAACCUAUACUCCGACCCCGCCAACCCCAAGAACACUCCUUUCUCUACUGAUGCUGCCAUCAAGGCUUACCUCGCAGCCGGUGUUCCUGCCAACAAGAUCACCCUGGGUCUCCCGCUGUACGGCCGCGCUUUCGAGAGCACCGCCGGUCUCGGCCAGAGCUACUCCGGCGUCGGCUCGGGAUCCUGGGAGAACGGCAUCUGGGACUACAAGGUGCUCCCGCGCUCCGGCAGCGAGACGUACGACGCCACGGCCGGCGCCUCCUACUCGUACGACAGCGCCACCAAGGAGCUGGUCUCGUACGACAACGUCCAGUCCAUCCAGAAGAAGGUCAGCUACGUCCAGAGCAAGGGCCUCGGCGGCACCAUGUUCUGGGAGGCCUCGGGGGACAAGACCGGCAGCGGCAGCCUGAUCGCCGCGGCGUACAACUCCCAGGGCGGCGCCGGCUCCCUCGACAAGUCGCAGAACUUGCUCUCGUACCCCAACUCCAAGUACGACAACAUCAAGAAGAACCUCGCUGCUUAAGUUCGAGCCGGUAGCACUUGGCGAGCGGUCGUCUGCUAGUCAGACGCACGGAGAGAUUGCUUCGUGGUGAUCAUUGAUUGAUUGAUUGAUUGAGAGCACUUCGCAUGUUGGUUGGAUGGUUUGCAUCGGCGGGGCGCACAGGAUCGGGUUGGAUUUGAGGACAGACCUUACUUACGCUCGCUUCAUUUUUGGGAUACCCUGCUUACUCUCGCUUUUCACACGAACGGGGGCUGCUUGGUGCGGUAUGAUCCACAUGUAUAUAUUCUUCGCUUCUGGUAUAUAUUGACACUUGCCCGUUUUGAUCACUUAUUCCGUGCUCUGCAUAGUUCGAAUGUUACACCUUUGUCGCCGUGUGAAAUGCUUGAUGGUCCUCAUCGGCCUAGCGCCAGUCAAACUGGCCUAUGCUGAGAUGAUUUGAGACAACGUGCUACCGAACAAGCGUGAUUUGGCGACUGUUUCGCUACACGAGUAUUGAAAUUUUCAGCGGUACUACAA